UCAACCGUUUCGCAGCAAUUGCAAAACUACAGACUUAUUUGUUAUUUCGCUGUCAUUAUGCCGAAGAUAUUACGUGUUAGCAGUGCUAACGUUUACAAGUCGCGUGACGCGCUCACAUAUCUUUUCAAUAUUUUCACUUUCGUCGGCACAAAUCCGUUGGAAAACCGUUCGCGUCGAUAUUACUGUCUCUAUUACUUUUAUUCGUUUACAGUGAACUUCAUAUGCUGCCUCUUCUGUCCGCUCUCAUUUCACAUAGGCUACAUAAAGUUAAGGUCUGUGCUAACUAACAGCCAAUUACUGGCCGCCAUACAAAAUGCCGUUCAAGUGUCGGGCAUCCCUAUCAAAAUUUUCGUCAUCACGUGGUACAUGAAGCGUCUACGACAUGCGCUUGAUAUUCUCGAUGAAUUGGAUGUGAAUUAUACGCAGCACGAAGAUUUGGCGAAAAUACGCGAAUGCGUACAACGGUGUAGGAAGAUUGUAUUAAUAUUCUGUUUGCCCUACUACAGUUUCGAAGUGUCGACCAUAGCGCUGGGUGUGCUACAGAAUCGCGCACCACUGGCUGCUUGGGUGCCUUUUUUGGAUGGGCAACGCGCCGCUUGGGAGUACUGGACGAUUGUGUUGUGGGAUUCGUUUAUCAUGUUCAUUUUGUUGUGCCAUCAACUCGGCAGUGACACUUAUCCGCCGAUAUUCAUUAACAUCAUUCGCACACAUAUACAAUUAUUGAUGUUGCGUGUGAGUCGUUUAGGGCGCGCGGAUGCGCUGACUGCGAAUCAGCAUUAUGAGGAGCUGGUGGCAUGUAUUCGCUCGCACGUUCAAAUUGUGAGCAUUGCAAAGAUUGUUGCGCCUGUUAUUUCAGUCACUCUUUUCACCCAAUUCGCUACCACCGCCACCACCCUAUUGAAUUGGUUGGGUAAUGUGGAAUAUCCGGAAAAUAUUAUAUCCCUCGCCUUUUUUUCUUGCCAACUGCUGCAAAUUUUGCCCUGCUGCUCGUCUGCCUCUCAACUUAUUGCCGAUUGCGAGCGUUUGCCCGACGCGAUUUUCCACUGUAACUGGGUGAAUAAGGAUCGCCGCUUUCGUAAGGCGAUUUUGUUUUUUCUGCAAUGCACUCAAACCCCUAUACGUUUUUCGUGCUUGAAACUUUUCGAUGUUAAGCUCGCGACAAGCGUCGCUAUUGGAAAAUUCGCUUUCUCGCUUUACACUUUAAUAGAGGAGACAAAAGUUGGCACUGACGCGGAACAUUGAGACUUGGAGUAUUGUCUUUUUCCUGCCUAUCUUUUUGUGGUUUCAAAUCGUUGAAACUUAGUAGUGAACGAUGUUUUAUUCACAAAUGUCUUAAAGAUACACCUAAUUUAGAAAUCAAUUAACCAAUAUAUUAGGUAAACUUCACUAGGUGUGCAAUAGAUGAUAUGAUGUAGACUUCUACGGUCGUUGGAUAUAACAUAAAGAUUAAGAUUCAACUUCAUCUAAUAGGUACCGAUGUAGAAUUCUUAUUAAAACAAUAGAUAAUAAUAGAAAGUUGACUAUAUAAACCCUCUUUUUAAAAAUUGUGUUUUAUGUUUUUUCGUGAGCGAAGGGUCAACAUUAUUAAUACACGUAGCACUUACCGGAUUGAAGAGGUAAAAUAGCUCUUGAAAAUAAUAGUGGAUAGUUUUACUCUCUUAACAUGUUGUUACAGAGCAUAAUAGUUUUGUUCACCAAACGGUUAUUUGUA